CAGCGGGGCUCCACCAUGGCGGAGCGAGUGAACCGGGACCGGGCACAGGACGACCUGCCGGUGUACCUCGCGCGACCCGGCACCGCCGACCAGGUGCCCCGGCAGAAGUACGGCGGCCUGUUCUGCAGCGUCGAGGGCGCGUUCGAGAGCAAAACCAUCGACUUUGACGCGCUGAGCGUCGGCCAGAGGGGCUCCCGCACCCCGAGGACCGCGAGGCGAGGGACCGGCGCCGGCCAGGAGCAGGCGAGGAGCCCGGCGAGUGACAGCCAGGCCAGCUCCCCCGGUGCGGAGAGUCCCGUGGCGAGGGGGCGAAGAGGGACAGACUCCCCCCAGGCUGAGAUGCGACCCGGCGGUGGUGAUGAAGUGUUGCAGACCCUGGAGGAUGAAAAGAGCGACAGGCUUCUGAUCAAAGGCGGGAGGAUCGUGAACGAUGACCAGUCCUUCCAUGCCGAUAUCUACAUGGAGGAUGGCGUCAUUAAGCAGAUCGGAGACAACCUGAUCGUGCCCGGUGGUGUGAAGACCAUCGAGGCCCAGGGGAAGAUGGUGAUCCCGGGUGGCAUUGACAUCCACACCCACUUCCAGAUGCCGUACCGCGGAACCACAACCGUGGACGACUUCGCCCAGGGGUCGAAGGCCGCUCUUGCCGGGGGCACGACCAUGAUCGUGGACCAUGUGAUCCCCGAGCCCGGGAGCAGCCUGAUGGAGGCCUAUGACCAGUGGAGGCAGUGGGCCGACGAGAAGGCCUGCUGCGACUACUCCUUCCACGUGGACAUCACCCACUGGAAUGACAGUGUGAAGCAGGAGUUGGAUCAUCUCAUCAAGGAGAAAGGCGUGAACUCGUUCCAGGUCUACAUGGCCUACAAGGACUACUACCAGAUGAGCAACAGUGAGCUCUACGAGAUCUUUACCUUCCUGGCAGAGAGAGGCGGCAUCGCUCAGGUCCAUGCUGAAAACGGCGAGAUCAUUGCUGAGGAGCAGGCUCGCAUGCUGCAGAUGGGCAUCACUGGACCGGAGGGACACGUGCUGAGCAGGCCAGAAGAGCUGGAGGCGGAGGCGGUGUUCCGUGCCAUCACCAUCGCCAGCCAGACCAACUGUCCUCUCUAUGUGACCCGCGUCAUGAGCAAGAGCGCUGCAGACAUCAUCUCACAGGCCCGCAAGAAAGGAAAUGUCGUGUUUGGGGAGCCAAUCACAGCCAGCCUGGGGACUGACGGGACACAUUACUGGAGCAAGAAUUGGGCCAAGGCGGCUUCUUUUGUAACAUCCCCCCCUCUCAGCCCUGAUCCCACCACCCCCGACUAUCUGAACACAAUGCUGUCAAGCGGAGACCUGAGUGUCACUGGCAGCGCUCACUGCACCUUCAGUGUUGCCCAGAAGGCCAUUGGCAAGGACGACUUCACUCAGAUCCCAGAGGGUGUCAACGGGGUGGAGGAGCGCAUGGCCCUCAUCUGGGACAAAGCUGUGACUACAGGCAAGAUGGAUGAGAACAUGUUUGUGGCAGUGACCAGCACCAACGCAGCAAAGAUCCUGAACCUGUACCCUCGCAAGGGGCGGAUCGCCGUGAGCUCUGACGCCGACCUGGUCAUCUGGGACACAGACGCCAUCUGCACCAUCACUGCCAAGACACACAACUCGGCUGCCGAGUACAACGUGUUCGAGGGCAUGGAGCUGCGUGGAGCCCCACAAGUGGUGAUCUGCCAGGGGAAGAUUGUUCUGGAAGACGGGAACCUGCACGUCACCUCCGGCGUGGGCCGCUUCAUUCCCUGCUCUCCCUUCCCUGACUUUGCCUACAAGCGUGUUAAGGCCAGGAAGCAGCUGGCGGUCCUCAGGGCGGUGCCCCGGGGAAUGUACGACGGCCCGGUGUCUGAAUUCUCCAUGUCCCGCGGUGGCACCCCAUCCGCCUCCGCGCGCACCUCUCCCACCAAGCAGCCUGUCCGAAACCUGCACCAGUCUGGAUUUAGUCUCACAGGUAACCCUGCACCAUGCGGUCCCCCCACCCCAGACGACGUCCCCAUCAGGCCUGCAGGCCGCCGUAUCGUAGUGCCCCCUGGUGGUCGUUCCAACAUCACCUCCCUCAGCUAAACAGCAGAAUGAGGAAGGGGAUGCGUCCAGAAAACGGCAGCAGCCAGAGUGCAGGGUGGAGGGAGGGAGGGAGGGAGGGAGGGAGGGAGGAGGAGAUGCAGAGGACCAUGAUUAGUUUAAAAAGUUAAAAGAGCAAAACACUGAAUCCUCAUGCCUUACCUGUCACAAUGCUACCUUGCUCAGAUGAGAAUAGUAUCUCUUUUCCUGGGGAAUUUGGACCAGAGCUGAAUAUUGAAUUGCUUCUAAAGGAUAAAGUUACCACCGAAACACAACACACAUAAAACCACCACAGAUCGCCUCACUUCUCUGGACAGAGUACACUACACAUACGGUGAAAAAAAUCGCGUCAACUUGGCGCUUUGGUAAUUUGUAAAUCCACCACUAAAACUGCACACACCACCACAUUCAACUAGGAAAGAAAAAAAGGAGAAGAAAAAAAAGAUCUCAAAGGAAAAUGGAUACCGCUUUUCUCAGAAUGACGCUAUGGUUCUUUCAUCCUGUUUGGCUUUCGAUGUCACCCCCGCUUUUUAGUUGCCUGCUUUCUCCAUAGUCAGCGAAGCGUCACACUAGAUCCCUCAUUAGUCACAUUUUACCAUGCAGUACCAUUGGUUAGCUCUAGGUGGCGUUGUAUAUACACUAGAUGUGAUGUAGCUUUGUGAAUGAUGUCGUUGCAGCCACUUUGGGUUUACUGGACCAAGUGAAAGGUGUUGUUUUAUCAAAUCCUGGAGCAGGAGCGCCGUUGGACAUGGAGCUGCAUGGGCCACAUUAACAUGGGUGACGUGAUCCAUGAUCCCCCCCCCCCCCCCCCCUUCUUAAUCCUCUUAGGUGCUUGAUGAAUACCAUCCCCAUGAUGUGUUGAUAACAUAAUUAUUGAUGUCUUAAGAAACGAUUUUGUGGCGACAAAAGAACAGUAAAACAAAUGUUAGAAAGGCUUUUACUUUGCCUCAUCACACAAGAAAAUUGUGAGAAUCCGUCCUUUGUAUUUGCUUCUAGCUUAUUGCCUGCUUCUGUCAUCCCGACGAGGACAACGGAGGGAAAAGGGAGACUUAAAAAAAAAGAAACAGAAACCUGAACAAGAAGUACGAAUUAACUCAACAGUUCCUGGUAACUUAGCCAUAGCUUGUAAAGAGGGCAACUACAAAAGAAAAGAAAAGGAACAAAAAAAAACAACACAGAUGCAAUGAAAUGAUUAAGUUACAAAAAUCUGCUUCCAGAUAACAGCACUUCACCUCUGGCUUUACUUUCUAAUUCCUGACAAACUGGGCCCUCGUGACAGGACAAGAGAAAGACCACGGUCCCCGUCGUCGUCCCAACACGGCCCCCCCGAUGCAUUCCUGACCAAUACUAAUUCAACAUCGGCCUGAAUCUGACCUGAAACACUCUGGACCCGGUCGUGUCCGCGGGGCCUCGGGCCUCUGUUUUUAAUGUUUCUGCUGGUUUUUUUUUUUGAUGAAGCAGAGGAUUACAGUGCUGUAAGGGAAGUCUGUACUCGCUGUCCCACAGUGGGGGAGGGAGGGAGGGAGGGGGCGGGGGGUGGCCUUUUUUAUUUUGGCAGUUGUGUGACAGGCACAAGUGGUGGUUUGUGUGUAUUUAUGUUAGCUUGACGACCUCCGUUGUUGUUUUUUAUGUUGUUUCCUUUAAAUUUUUUUUUUUUUUUACUGUUGUAUCAAAACCCAGAGAUGGCAGGUCAAAAUAAGGUGUGUUGUGGAAGGUAUGAUUUGUUUCCUGAAUAAACAUGAGUUGCAACUGA